GCCGUGGAAGAGAUCGGGAAGUUCGAGACCUUCCCGGCCACCUUGGUCUUCAAAGUGCCCAAGGUCUGCGUGGUCCGCAUCGACAAGUCGGCGGAUGCUCUUCUGCUGCUCUCGAAGCUCAAGGAGAGAAGGAACUGGUUCUCCUACAGCCCAUCACCCUUGGAGGCAUCGCCUUGCGGCGAGGCACCAAGCUGCUGCAGAAGCGGGCGCUCAAGGUGGAAG